AUGAAAGCAGAUCGACGCUCUGACUCCAGCUAUGAUGGGGAGGUUGAAGAAGCACGAGUUGCUUUGAAGACAGACCCUAAGACCCUUCAGCAAUUAUCAUCCUCUAGCGACGCUGUUAAAGCGAAACGAAACAAGAACGGUCUUGCGUCCCUGGAGAACGCCAUAAAACAAGCGAAGCAAGAAGAAGUUGAAAACAGUAAGAAAAAGAACGGCAAGAAAUGA